GGUAGUGUUGCAUAACAUUCGUCGUCCAGUUGACAGAAUUUUCAAGAUGGACUCCAACCCGACCUCCCAAACACAAAAGAAAGGGGAAAUCAAGGAAAUAUAUCCCAUUGACCUCCCAGAUCUAGAUUACAGUGCACUGAGUUCAACCUCUGAAAACAUAUUGACAGCCCUGGUGUCAAACACCUAUCAAGGAGAGCGUUGGUUUAUACCCUCAAAUGGCUCAAAGGUGGAGGUGACACAUGACAACGUGGGCAGACUCCAGCUGUUCGGUGAUGAUGAUCCACCUUGUACUCUGCUGACUCUGCACAUGCCUGCAGAUGGAACUCAAGUGGUGGCCCUAAACCUGCAUGGAAAGUGGUGGUCAUUAAAUGAUGUUUUGAAGACAUCCAUCAAAUCCAAAUCUGGUCUUGUGAUGGUGCAGUCUGUUAUGGAGAGAGUGAUACUGUUCCUGCUUAGUCAAAUAAUUUUUGGAGUUUUGGAGAGGCCUUCAGGGGAAGAGAUUUACUUCUCACCUUAUCCUAUGAGGGAAUUUGGCAAAAUUCUAUGGCAUAAUGGAGAGGCAGUUGGAUUCUACACCAUCAAAAAGAAAGGAAGUCUGUGUGAUGGAUUUACUAGUCGAAGCUAUCAGCUUUCUGUCCUUGACACUGUGUUUGUGAGGACUCAGUGGAGGAGGAGUGGUCUGGCACUGCAGAUCCUGGGAGACUUCUGUAAAUCCCUCCCCAACGAGGAAGUGAUAGGAAUCAGCUGUCCCAUAUCCCCAAGCAUGAUUAAAGUGUGCAGCAAGUAUCUGCUGAUGCACCAGGACCAAAGGGACCGGCUCUAUGAGGUGGAAGCUCCUGGGGGCUGGGGCCAGAGACGGAACAUAUGGCUCAACAUACAGCUCAACCGCAGCACAAACAGUGAGGCCCUCCCUAGGCUCAAGUGAGGAGCAAUGUCCAACAACAUUGAACAAGGAGAAAAUAUAAAUAAUCAUAUCACCAGAUGUCUCUUGAUUAUGGGUUUUCUGAUGGUUUGGCUGCCGCCAGUGACGCAGCAUCUUGUGAUCACCACAGGAGUAAAAGAGAGAAGCCACCGGCAGACGGGCUGAGAGGAGUGCUAAUUCCAAACAGGCUAGGACAUUAGAUUAAACCUCAGACCACAGAUGGAUCAUGGUCCUCAUAAGACUUCAAGUCAUGUUUUUUUAAAUGUCAUUUGUAGCAGGACAUAGAAGGUCAUUUGUGUCAGUUGUGAUUUUGAGCAACUGUAAGGUGCUGACUAAUGGCUAGAAAUAAUCGAUUUUCAAAACAACAUUUAUAAUUUUGUGACCUGAAUUGCAAACAGUACAUAUCAGUUUUAUAUUCUGCUUAAUAAAGUGAUAACAUCAUCACUGUGGUUA